CUAAGUGCAGCUGCUAAUGAAUUUAGACCCACGUGGGUAUGAUGGUACUAACAACUACUCCGUACACAUCACCCCUAUGUGCCGUUCCCCCAUUGACACAUCCACAGGAGAGUUGGGGGGUUCAAAAGACAGUCAUUAGCAGCAAUAGCGAGCUCUGUAAAUCUGUUUGGAACCUAAAACCGCAACAAUGGAUGAGUUCCCCAAGAAUAUAAGAAUCUCGGCACUUGAGAAGCUAGGAAGAAUUGCAGUGAAAGCACCAGAUGACGAUGCAAAAUCCGACAUUGCGCGGCUCGCAGGACAAUGCCAGCACCUGACACACCAGCCUAAUGGUCCGCUCAAUGAAGUCCUGCAAACUCAGGCUCCAGUCUCUCAGAUACCUAUGGGUAUCCGAGAACUAGAUGUCCUUAUUGCCUUGUGCAAGGCUUCAUCUUCGGUAAACAAGCCCGAGCAUGCUUCUAGAUUGGUCUCUCAAUUGUCGCUGUACAUUCCCGAGUCGCAUUGCCAACGAUUUCGCGCCUCGCCUUUCCUACAUAAUGUCCAGCCUUCGCCAUGGGAAUCCCUCACUUACAAUCUUACACUCGGACUGCUUUCCCUGGGGUUGGACUACCCUUCAUUGCGAGAGUCUGUCUACAACUCCAUCAAAGGGUACUUGGACAAUUGCGCAGAAGCUAUCAAUGCUGUCCCAACCUUCAAAGGGUACGACCAUGGAACAGAUAGAUACAAUGCAGUAAAUGAGUCCGCCAAUGUCUUGUCACUCACUGUGUCGCUUGUUGGCUUUCUAGAGGCCUCCACGCUACUUACGUCCUUCUGGUCUGCUAGUGAAAAGCUACAGAUUGUUGAAUGUAUGCGCUCGAUGUUGUCCGAUCAUUUCAUGAUAGCUAUCGAGACUGCAUCUUCCACCAUCCGUAAUACGGGAAUGGCCGAUCCCUCUCUUGGGGAUUGGAGGAGAUACAAUCGUUUUUAUGCUACUCGAGGUCGUCCUUUAGGGGCCAUGCUACUCCAGGAGGCGUUCAUGCGGUUCAUCAAAUCGUGCGCCACGUCUCUCAUUGGAGCAGAGAAUAUGUCGGACGAUGAACUCUUGGAUGACUACAUGAAUGGCGUUGGCAUUGCCAGGAGCCAUGACCACGCUGAAAUUUCACUCAUCAACCGCAUAACAGAGAUCGUCGCUGACCAGAUCCAACUGUUGGAAGAUGGCUCUGAUUACCUGCAGCUCGGUUCGCCUUGGCAGCAGAGACUUACUUUUUCUGUAAAAGCGCUUGCACUAACUGGGUUUCUUCACUGUGUCAUUCUGAGCGAAGAUGCAUCCAACCGUGACCACUUCCUUUCUUGGCUAGAGGAUACGCUGGUGGAUCCGGGUCAGAUGUCAUGCAAUAAGCUAGCGACAGCCACUCUCAAGAGUGUAGCCAUUAUUGCGAAAAUGUCUCUGAAUAGCGCAUCUUCCGGGAGUCGUUCCCUUCUACGAUUUAUUGUUGACGGCGGCGUGUCGACCAGAUCUACGAGCUUCGUUGCCGCAAAAUGUCUCGCCCAAGUCUUGGCCAUCCUUUCGGAAGAUGCCAUUGUUACGACUCUGUACUCGCUGGGAAAUGUCUUAAGUCCUGGAUUUGGAACGGAGAACUCUCGCCAAUCUCAUGUCGUUGCUGAUACUGCUGGGCAUGGGAAUCCCAUUGCUCCACUGGCACAGGGAAGGAAUGGCAGUGUUAGCAACCUUUCAAUCCAUGGCGAAAGGGACAACACCACCUACAAAAAUGUUAUCCAUGCCAUUGUGACAAUUGCCAGUGGCUGCAAUGACGAAAAGAUCAGUGCUUUGGCACAAUCAAUGCUUCUCCAGAAGAUCGGAAAGAUCGACACUACUGUCGAUUCUUACAUCGUGAGGGAAACUGCUGCAUUAUGCUCUAGCACUGGACCCUCUGAGUUUCAGCUGUUACUCAAAUUCUAUGAUCGCAUUUACCGGGAUAGUUCUGCCAAAGGACAUAGCAGCAUUGUCAGUGCGGUCCAGGAUGCAAUGGCCUAUCUGUCUGUUACGCUGCCAAGAGAAUCACCGCUGCACAAAUUAUACUUGGUCCAUUUGUUAGGGAGUAUCGUGAACAAGGGAGACGCCACUGAUUUUGAGGGCGAGAAACAAAAGGAUAUUAUCCUGGCCCCGGACGAUAUCAGUCCCCUCUUGAAGCCGCUGGCGCUGCUCGUUUCUCCAAGAAUCGGUACCCAAGAGCAGCAUGGAGCGGACCCCGAGUACGACCAGGACGUUUCUACCUUGUUCCGCGAUGCUUGGUUUAAUAUUGCGGUUCAUGGCAUAUUUCUCAGUUCGAAUGUUGCUAGACGCCAUAUGAAGGAAUUGCGCCUGCUUGCCAAAUACUCGCCACCUCUUGUUGCUGAGGAUCGCAUGGAAAUGCUUGAAAGCGAUGUGGAGUUAAAUACUAUCCUUAGGCGUGGUAUGGGGCCCCAGCAUCUGCAGGAACAGAAGAGAAAUUUGGCGACCGAGAUCCCUACUCGCGAGUCUGAGAUCAAACGACUAAGCUACCCUCGGGCCGUCUUCCUCAAUGCCGCCCUACUUGUCGAAGGUUUCCGUGCUUCUUCUGGUAAAUGUACCAAAAUACUAAAAUACUUCCGGGACCCCGCUUUAUCCACUGUUGAGAUGGCCAGUUGCAUGAACGCCAUUGCCGAGAAAGUUGUUGGCCGGUAUAUUUCUUUAACCUUAACGGGGAAGCGCGAGGAUUUCUCCAUCCCAUACCUCUCAAAGGAAUUGGCUAGCUUUUUUAUGGCCUGCUGCCAUCGCAUAGAGAGGGUCCAGAAUGCCGCCACACUUUGUGCGAACAUGAUUAUCAAGGAAUGCCCAUCGUCUCUGUGCGAAAAACACUCCCUAUUUGCGCUCCUCGAGCUACUGACUGUCAUGUGGUUUUCGUGCGUUGAAGAAGAGCUCGAUGAGUUUGAGUGGAAGCCCACAUUCACGUCACGUUUGGGACUUGUCAAGGUUGACUUGUCUGACAACUUCCAGUUCAGGAAGAAGACUUUGCAUACGUUCCUUGAGCAAGCAAGGGUUUGGGUUACAACCGUGAUGGAUGUGGCUCCUUUAGAUGUGAAAGGCCUUCUUCAGACGUAUCUAUCUACAUCUGAGGACAACGGCGAUUUUGGGCAUAUAUCACUGGGACGCUCUUUUGCACUCGAAAUGGGCUCACUCAUUCCCAGAAGCGACCAGCGUCUUGGAUCUAUCGAUAUAUCAGGGACCAACAAGAUCAAUGUGGCCUCUGACUUCAUCGCUCAGUACACCACACGCCAGAAAUAUCGAUUUACUGAUAUAGUCUCGGGUGAUGGAACAGGGGAUGAUACGUACAAACGGAAAAUUCCAGCAGCAAGUGUAUCUGUCUUGGAGACAAGUAAACAUGUGGAGGAUGCUUUAUCCCAUAUGUGUCAAUGGGCCGAGCUGGGGAAUGACAUUUGCCUUGACGAAGUUCGCGAUUUGUUGCGGCGCGCUGCUGCUCUGUUAUGCACUAGAAGCGGACGCCAUGCUUCCAUUGCCCAUUAUCUGGUAACAUUGCCAUUCCAGAUAUUCACGAGAGAAUCAAUCAACAUCGGUGUCCCACUCUGGUUAGGGGUUAUGCACGAAAACCCCAGGAUGGAGCCGAAACUUCUCGCUGAGAUCACCGCUGCCUGGGACAAAACCAUCCAGCGCGGUGUGGGUCUUUUUGACCCGUUCUUUGAUUAUGUGGAUCCAUUAUACACGAGAAUCGAUCUUUUGCCAACUGACAAGGCCUUGAUGCUCAAAAAUCAACAAAGAGCACAAGACAUACUGGCACCUCAUCUGUCUAUCCUACAGUUUUUUGAGAGUCACUUCAGUGCUAUUCGACUAGGCAACAUGCAGGACCAGCGUUUGUUCUGUCGCCUUAUCGACCGGACAACCGUAGGCCUUUUGCGAACGAAGGCCCACCCGCUUGCCAGAGAGGUACACUUCCGGAUUGUUUUAUUUGCACUGAGGGUCCUGCGUCAUUUCACUACCCUGGACUCAGUGACUUGUUGGAAAGUCAAAGAUCAGAUCCUGUCUGCCGCUCUUGGCUGGUUCAGAUAUCCACCUAGAUGGUCUUUCGGCGGCAACAGACUUCAAAUGAAAGCCGAAGAUAAGAUCCUGGGCGAUGUGUUAUCUGGUCUGGGAUAUGUUGCUAGCCUUGCUUCUCAAACGCAAGGACCACACAAGUCCUUACAAGCCAAACAAGAUCUCCUGCAAAUGCUCAUCGAGAACGAGAGAGCACGUCUUCGGGUUUGGUUGUUUCCUUUGGAGCCGGAGCGUAAACACUACAUGUCGCAGAGUUCAGGAAACCGAAACACUUCCGAGGAAGCUGCAUCCUUACUACGGUUUGCGUGGGCUGAAAGCCCGGAGUUAGCUAUUCAACUUGCUUCGCGCUUCCCAUCCGUGAAGCUUAGGAACGAUCUUCGUUGGCUUGUUCUCAAUUUCCCUGAGAGAGUCAUUGAAGAACCAAGCUGUCUCGAGAUAAUGUUGGGGGCGACGCUCCCUACUGAUGUCUCCGUUCAACUAAAGUACCUGUUAUAUUGGGCUCCUGUGAACCCCACCGAGGCCAUAACCUACUUCAUGCCUUCUUACGGGAAUCACCCCUUCAUCCUACAAUAUGCAAUGAAAGCCUUGGAGAGUCACCCUAUCGAUGUUCGUUUCUAUUUCGUUCCACAGCUAGUGCAGGCACUCCGAUACGAUGCAUUGGGUUACGUGGAACGCUAUAUUCUGGAGACGGCCAAACAAUCCCAGCUAUUUGCCCACCAGGUCAUCUGGAACAUGAAGGCGAAUUCAUACAAAGAUGAGGAUGCGCAGAUUCCGGAUUCACUCAAGCCGACCUUGGACAAGUUCAUGGAUACUUUGAUCUCAAGCUUCACUUCUGAAGAAAGAGAGUUCUAUGAGCGGGAGUUCUCUUUCUUCAAUGAUAUUACUGGCAUUUCAGGCAAGCUUCGACCAUACAUCAAGAAGAGCAAACCCGAGAAGAAGGAAAAGAUCGAAGAGGAACUUCGCAAAAUCAAGGUAGAAGUCGGAGUCUACCUUCCUAGCAACCCAGAUGGUGUUGUAGUUGGGAUCGAUCGCAAGUCAGGAAAACCUCUCCAGAGUCAUGCAAAAGCGCCAUAUAUGGCCACUUUCCGAAUUCAAAAGACAAGGCCUCGAGAAGGGCAUGAGAUUACGAACAACGCCGAUUCCGAAAAUCCUGAAAAUACCCAAUUGACGCAGCCUUUUCACUCUUCGACGCCCGAACCAAAUCUGGAGACAUAUGAAGUUUGGCAAUCGGCAAUCUUUAAGGUUGGCGAUGACUGCCGGCAAGACAUGCUUGCGUUGCAAAUGAUUGCCGCUUUUCGAAGCAUUUUCACUGGAGUCGGACUCGACGUAUGGGUGUUCCCUUACCGAGUAACAUCAACGGCUCCAGGUUGCGGCGUCAUUGAUGUUCUCCCUAACUCCAUUUCUCGCGAUAUGCUAGGACGUGAGGCUGUGAACGGACUGUACGACUAUUUCGUUUCCAAGUAUGGAGGUGAAGACUCCAUCCGGUUCCAGGAAGCCCGAACAAACUUCGUCAAGAGUAUGGCUGCAUACUCUGUCAUCUCAUACCUGCUGCAGUUCAAGGAUCGGCAUAAUGGGAAUAUCAUGGUCGACGACGCCGGGCACAUCAUACACAUCGAUUUUGGUUUCUGCUUCGAUAUUGCACCGGGCGGUGUGCGCUUUGAGCGCGCGCCCUUCAAACUCACUUCUGAAAUGGUUGCCGUGAUGAGUGGUUCCCAUAACACACACGCCCAUCUUCCAGGGGGCUCUGAUCCCACCAGCACGCAGCCAUACCGAUGGUUUGAAUCAUUGGUGGUGAAAGCCUUCCUGGCUUCCCGCCCCUACUGCUCACAAUUAACACAUAUCGUGUCACUGAUGCUUGACAGUGGUCUGCCCUGUUUCAAGCCUGAGACUUUGAAAAACUUCCGUGACCGGUUUGUGCUAGAUAAAAGCGAGCGCGAGGCAGCCGAACACAUGCGCGAGCUUACCCGCAAAUCGUACAUGAGCGUCUCUACCAAAGGAUACGAUCAGUUCCAGCUUAUGACCAAUGGGAUUCCCUACUAGGGUUAGUUGGCCUGCUGACUGAUAGGCUUACAUGACUGAAUCUUUGCCUUCAUUAAGAUCCGCUCGUUCGUUUUGUGGCUUGUCUAUUUUGGCUUCGAGCCUUGUCUACUGUCCCGUGGACAUGAACGUGCCGUUCCUUUUCCAUCCCACUUUCGUUUGCUCUUUCUUUUGCUCUCUUCUUCUACCCGCUAAAUGCCAGUUUGCGGUGAUUGUCAUCGCGAGCUGACCA